AUGGAGUCAAGGUGGAUGAAGAGAAAGGUUGCAGCAAUCCGUGAAUGGCCCAGCCCUAAGACAGUUGGUAUUGGCAUAGGAGCUGUCUUGAUGCAGGAUAAGAAGCCAAUCGCUUUCUUUAGUGAAAAGCUUGGAGGAGCCACUCUCAACUAUCCAACCUAUGACAAAGAACUCUAUGCCUUGGUCCGUGCCUUGCAAACUUGGCAACACUAUCUCUGGCCAAAGGAGUUUGUCAUCCACAUAGACCAUGAAUCUCUCAAACAUCUUAAGGGUCAACAAAAGCUCAACAAAAGACAUGCCAGGUGGGUUGAGUUCAUCGAGACCUUUCCAUAUGUCAUCAAGUACAAAAAAGGUAAGGACAAUGUUGUAGCCGACGCAUUGUCCCGGAGGGAAGCGCAUGGAGGAGGCUUGAUGGGACACUUUGGUGUGGCCAAAACACUUCAAGUCAUGCGUUAUCAUUUUCAUUGGCCGCACAUGAUCAGAGAUGUGGAGAGGAUAUGUUCUAGGUGUGCAACUUGUAAACAAUCCAAAUCUAAGGUUCAGCCUCACGGUUUGUAUACUCCUCUCCCUAUCCCAUCUCAUCCUUGGACUGAUAUAUCCAUGGAUUUUGUGUUUGGCUUACCUAGGACUAGAACUGGAAAAGAUUCUAUCUUUGUGAUAGUUGAUAGAACACAAGGUUUGGAUUCUGAUUCUGAUGAAACACUCGACAACCCUUUUGCAGGAGGCAAGGACCGACGUCGUCAGCUUCAGGAAGAUCUUCGUGAGGAAGAUGGAAACACAGUAGAAGUGUUUUUAAACCCGGACCGGACCGGUGGUCCGACCGGGUUCGACCACGAACCGGCACCAAGUCCGGGUUGGGUUGAUAUGGAAAACCGGAGAUAG